UAGAGAGUUAAACACACACACACACACACACACACACACACACACACACACAGGCAGGCAGCAGAGUCCUGGGACUACAGGACUGUUAGGAAAAUGAACCAAGAAAGUAGAAGAUUAACACAUACGCCCUCGUCACACCAUGCAGGACUCUGAAUCCCUGGACAGCUGUAUCCAGAACACCCUCGCUACGCUGUACCCACCGUUCGGAGCCACCAGCAGCACGGUGUUGUGCCAGGUCCUGGACGUGGUGGAGUCUGCGUACCGUGGCGACGGCCUGCACUACCUCAUCAGCUUCCUGGUGCCCACCAAGCGUGUCCUGCAGAACCUCCAGCAGGACGCAUGCUUCCCAUAUUGUGGUUUCCUGUUUCGCCACGAGGGCUGGCCACUGUGCAUCCAUGAGAAGAUCAUAGUCCAGUUGUCCUCUCUGGACAGGCGCGUCCUACGGCCCGGAGACUUCUACCUGCAGGUGCUGGCGUCAGCCAAAAGCCCCCCGCACAUCGCCCUUAGGUGUCUGUCAGCCAGCGGGCAGCAUGUGGAGGAGGUGGUGGUCCCUGAGCUAGCAUAUACCUCCCUCUUCACCAUGGCCUGGCUUGACUCCAUCAACCAGGAAAGGGGCGGGGACGGACGAGCAGUCCUGGAGCACUGCCUGCUCUCUGCCGACAACGACGUUUUCAGGGUCCCUUGGGAAGACGUGGUUCACCCCGAGUUUAUUAGUCGACCCCCAAAUGCAGACCAGUCGGCGCCCGAGUACAGCAGGAUAAAGGACCUCGGAGAGGCACUUGGCUCUGGUGUGGAGCACAGUUGUACAGACAACACUGCCAUGUCAGGCUGUGGGAUUUUGACUGAUGCUUCCAUGGGCCAAUCUGAAGAGAGAGAGAUUCAGAGCAGUGCAUAUAGGCUCCUCCCUGCCAUGGCCCAGUCCGGAAGGAGCUCGUGUACUUCUGAGGACUCGGAGGGCGAGUACGUGGAGUUGGAGGAGAUCGAGCUGCCUUGCUUUUCCCCCCAGAAAGGCUCCCUGACUCAGUCCAUAAGCCUGACCCACAGGAACCUGCAGCAGUCCUGGGCCACGGGGCCAGUGCAGAUGCCCCCAGGGGCCGCUCCAUGCCAGGGUCCAGGGAGGAACAGCGCGCGCUCUCAGAGCAUGGUGUGCACCGCGCUGAUCAAGGAGAACCUCAGCGAGUCGCUUCAGCCCCACGUCCUGACCCAUAGCAUGGUAGAGGAGCUGCCUUGCCAACCACACGUCACUCGCGCUAGAGGUACCGCCUCUGCCGGCAUGCAUGUGCAUGCGAGAGAGCAUGUACCCGAGCAUCCGGACCACGGUAGUACAGCACGUCCCGCGUCUCAGACAGACAUGGCACGUUCAGAUACUGAAGCUUUAAGUAAGCUCCAACACUGUGCAGUAACGAAUGCUGUAGAACAGGAGAAACUCAGUCAGGUCUGCUCCGGUUCUGACCAGCCCACAGUAAAUGGCGACACCACAGACCCAGAAUUAAGUGCUGCGGGAGAGCAGAGAGUUGACAGUGAGGUUGAGGCAGACAGUAGUGUGAGAAACACACACCCUGACCCACCUGACCCACAGCUUGUAACAGCAGAGACCAGCCGUAGUCUAAUACCCACACGCACCUGCACAGAGGCACAAGCUGAGCCUCAACUAGAGGAUCCCACAGACGAGUCGCCCGUAUGUGAUUGCCCGUAUGAUGGCGUGUGCAUCCUGGGCCUCCACGAGGGUGUGGAGGGUGGGUCUGGGUCAGCACGCCCCCUCAGGGAGAAGUUAGACUGGGCCUUUGUGCCCACACAGCCUGGGGAGAGUCCAGUUAUGGCCGACCGACCGGGUCAGGAGAGGACAGCAUUGCCAUGUGUGGAGAAAGAGGUCAAGGGCAGGAAUGAGGCAGCCACUGAGGCGUUGGUAGAGUGGGAGGAGUCAAGCUCUAAAGAAGGGAGGUGGAUGCAGAGCAGAGAACAGUCUGAUGUGUUGUGUGAUGAGGACAGAGAGAGAGGGAUAGACGGCAAGAGACUGGAGCCAGGGCCCGAGAGAGAGGUAGAGGCAGAGAGAGUGGCAGUUAAUGCGGUAAGGGAAGACGAGACUCCUCAAACAGGUCUGUCGCAUUCCACGCCCCAGUCUGGCACUCCUUCAGGCCAGGAGGAGGGCGAGGCCUCCAUAGGCAGGGUGGAGAGAGAACAAACGCAGGAGGAAGAGAAAGAGCGAUUGCAGGAGGGACAGAAAGAAAGAAUGAAAGCAGAGGAAGUAGAAAGAACGCUGACUGUCUCCUCCGAAACCGAGGAGUGCAACACUGCAGCAUGCCAUGCAGCUGAGAGUGAGCGGGUAACCACAGUAACCGUAGUGACCAGGUCUGUAGCCCCUCAAAGCUUUGGGGGUGUCUCCGAUGUACCGGUCAUAAAUGGGGACUAUACCCCAGAGCGAACAGAUACACAUACUCCAGACACACUGGUGGAAGGCGAGAACAUUUCUGCUGUGGAGGGUGUGGUGGAGGAGAUAAAGGUGGAGGUGACAGAGGAGCAGAAGCCGGCGGAUGAGACUACGUCCUCUAUUAACGGCUCCACACGGCCCAGAGCAGAUGUGGAGUCUCAUACUCACCAUCACCUACAGCCGCAGCUGCAGAAAGAGUGUAUCCGGGCAGAAGACAGGGCAUUGUGUCCCAUUUCAGUGUCUCCGUCCGUGUCUCCUGUGUGUGUACGGAACCAGCCUGUUCUUAGUGAAGCACAGAACAUCAGCCCAGAUGUCCUGAGCUCAGGAGUGCUCUGCCUGCCUGGGACACGAGACAAGUCGGGCCGUGCACUGGUAACGGUGGCGCUGAGAAACACGGCUUGGCUAAACCCAGACUGCAACAGCGUAGCGCUAAUGCGGAUCAUGGUUUACUACUACAGCACACUCAGGAAGGAAGUGCAGGCGCUGGGAUUGACCAUUCUGGUGGACGCUCGCAGGUGUUCGCCUGUCCCUGCUCUCUUCAAAGCCUGCCACAUCCUCCAGGAGGCCAAGCCCGGCUGUAUCCACACGCUGCUCCUGCUGGCUGACAGAGACCUGGCUCUGCGUUUGGAGAAGCCCUCCACAUUUCAGGUGGAGUUGUUGAGCUCUCUAAAAGCUCUGCAUAAGCACGUAGAUGUUUCUCAGCUCCCUACUGAGUUCGAUGGCACUUUUCCCUUCUGUCAUGCCAGCUGGCUCUACUUCAGGACGAGAUUGGAGCAGUUGAGUAGUGACUGUGAGGAUGCAGUAAAUCUCCUGCAAACAACUAUCAGCAGUCUGGAGUCCAGAGUCCUGCCUUCUACCGCAGAGGGGGCCGAGGCAUUGCUGUGUAAAUAUAAGGAGCUGAUGCAGUGUGUGCUGGAGGACAGCCGGCUGGUUCGCCUGCAGCAGGAGGGAGGAGCAGCUCUGUCCCGCCUCCGCAAAGAGGAGACCAGUGUCAGCCUGACUGAGGACUACAGAGAUGCCAUCGAGAGUGUGGGCGGUCUGUAUAACCAUGUGGAUGAGCUGGUCCACAGGCUAGUGAUGCUCUCCAACAAGUGCACCCAGGAGCUGGAGUUCGUCAUGGAGUUCAAGACCCUAGAAGAAGGCUUCAGGGAGGUGAGUGAUUGGAUAGAUGAGGUAGGAGAGGGUAGACUACGCACACUCGGGGAGCUGGAAGAUUCCUUGGAGCAGCUGCAAAGGAAGCAGACCCUCUUCCGAGACUUCUACACUGCAGCUUACGAGCACUGUAAGAGUGGGGAAGCACUGCUGAGUCGGUUAGAGCGCUGGGAGGACGUGUCGUCUGCAGAGCUGCAGGUGUAUGAAGUGAAGGUGCGCUCCUUCUGGGUCCACCUGCACGACUUCUCCCAGAGGGUGGAGGACACCAAGGAGAAAAUCAACAAGACCGUGCGCCUCUACGAGUUCUUCGACAAGGCGUAUGAGUGGGCACUGGAAGGCAUGAGGCACUUGGCCUGCAUCAGCAUGGAGGACUGCAACACGCCCGAGAAGAGUCAGGGAGUAAUCGGUUGCCUGGAGACGUACCGUGGCCAGCACCCGUCCAUACCCGACGCCCGCUUCCAGGAGAUGAAGGACCUGGCUGGGGAGCUCAGGAGUGACCAGGGCCUCAAGCAGUGGAAGUUUGCCUGGUCCAAGUGCCAGGAAACCAAGCAGAUGUUUGAGAAGAAACUGGAGGCAGCCUUGCGUGCACGCCGCUCACUCCCAGCAGGGGAUGAGCCCAGACAGGCCGCCAGCUCCCCCCGGAGGCACUCAGAUAGCAGCACCCCGCAGCAGGAGCGCAGCGGCAGCCUGUCUUUCUCCGGCUGGGCGCGCGAGAGGUUCUCCUCCAUCUCCAGCAGCUCAUCUACUCCCUGCAGCCGCACGGACUUGCCAAAGAACCCGACAUGGAGCCCCUUCCACCCAGAGCACCGGAUUCCCCACAGAACCUGCCUCAGUUCGCACUGGCUAACACGCAGCACUUCCUCGGAGAGUGCCCCCACACGGACCUCCUGCACCUUCAGUCCGUGCCUUCCCUCUCUGGUGGAGACAAAGCGGCGGGUCCUGCGGAAAACCCAGAGCUUCGACGCCACCGCCGGGGGUGAGCCAGUCGAGUCACGCUAUGGCACGUGUCAGCGGACGCUGAGCGAGCCGGCGCGCAGGGGGAACACGGGGGUCUUCAUCAGAGGCCUGGAGGUUAGCAGCACGGAGGUGGUCGACCGGCCCUACAGCCCACGGCUGGCGCCCGCACAUGGCUGGGUAUCAAUGGACACGCACCGCGAGGGGAGUCCUGCCCCAGAGCCACGUACCAAGGGCAGUAAACUGCGGCACAUCGUGGACGAGAUGGUGACGACGGAGCGCGAGUACGUGCGCUCGCUGCGCUACAUCAUCGAGCACUACUUCCCGGAGAUGGAACGUCGCGACCUGCCACAGGACCUGCGUGGCAAGCGCAGCGUCAUCUUUGGGAACCUGGAGAAACUGGUAGACUUCCACAGCCAGUACUUCCUGAAGGAGCUGGAGAGCUGCUGCAACCACCCGCUACGCGUCAGCCACUGCUUCUUGCGCCACCAAGACCAGUUUGGAAUGUAUGCCCUGUACAGCAAGAAUAAGCCCAAGUCAGACACCCUGCUGGCCAGCCACGGUAACACCUUCUUCAGGAAUAAGCAGUUGGAGCUUGAGGAUAAGAUGGACCUGGCAUCCUACCUCCUGAAGCCCAUCCAGCGCAUGAGCAAAUACGCCCUGCUCCUCAAGGACCUCAUCAAGGAGGUGAGCGACACCCAGGAGCAGGAGCACUCCUACCUGUGUGCCGCCACCGAGAUGGUGAAGUUCCAGCUUCGCCAUGGCAACGACCUGCUCGCCAUGGAUGCCAUCCGCGACUGCGACGUGAACCUGAAGGAGCAGGGCCAGCUGGUGCGGCAGGACGAGUUCACCAUCUGGUAUGGGCGGAAGAAGACCCAGAGACACAUCUUCCUGUUCGAGGACCUUGUGCUGUUCAGCAAACCCAAACGCAUCGAGGGAGGCCUGGAUGUGUACAUAUACAAACACUCCUUUAAGACCGCUGAUGUGGGGAUGACAGAGACGUCAGGGGACAGCGGCCUGCGCUUUGAGAUCUGGUUCCGCAGAAGAACAUCAAAGAACCAGACCUACAUCCUCCAGGCCUCUACCUCCGACAUCAAACACGCUUGGACUUCCGACAUCGCCCGCAUACUGUGGCAACAGGCCACACGCAACAAAGAGAUCCGUAUGCAGGAGAUGGUCUCUAUGGGUGUGGGCAAUAAACCUUUUCUGGAUAUUAAACCCAGUGAUGCUGCUAUCAAUGAUCGUGCUAUUGAUUACAUCAUGAAGGGUCGAGGGGCCAGGACCAGGGCUUCCAUCGCCGUCUCCCUGUUCGACCACUCAAACCCAUUCAAGAGAGCUGCUGUGGCAGGGGCAGGUGGACCCCCGUCCUCCACACUGUUGGGACCCCUCAACCUCCACAUGUACAGCAGCCAGACGCUGCUACAUGGGGAGCGACCUCUCAUCAGCCCCUGCAUCGAGGAGGACGAGCUGGAGAACGAGACCAGCAGCCAGCCCUCCAUGACUACAGAGAGUUCAGGAUCGUCCUCACACUGUCUCUCAGGCAGCGGCUCAAGCGGUUCGGACAGUGGCUGUGUGUCCAGUCACCUCCCCGAGCCUCCAUGUGAGGAGCCCAGCUUUCCCUGUGACAGCACCAGCUUGUCCUCCAUCGCCUCUCCCUCCAACCAAAAACCACGUUUCAACAGCCAGUACAUUUCAGCGAAAGCUGCUCAGGUUAUAGGCCCCUCCACUGUAGUGUGAACAGGUGCUGUAACCACUGCUGCUGUCUAACGUGCAGCUGGAGAAGACAAUGUUACCACACAGACGAGGAAUCAAGCCAGUAUUUAUCACUCCUCUCCCACUCUUACGACUCAUCCUGUGGACUUCUGAAAAAGCUUGAAAAUAGCACUGUUUAACACACACAAAAAAACACUUGUGAGCUUUCAUGGCUUAUAUAGUUUGUUUGUUUGUUUUUUAAAGAAAGUUGAUUUAAAUAUCGCUCUAUUUAUCUUCUUUUCAAAAGUUCUGGUACAGUAGUUUUCUGUACUUUGAUAAAUGAUUGUAAAUAAUUGUUUUAGUUUACAGUAGUUAUGACCUGUUUGUUUUUCCUCAUUUUUCUAUUGACCACUUCUGCUGUAAACUGCCUAUGAGCAGACUCUGAACCACCUUAGUACCAGCAACUGUAGCUGAAAUUGUGCCUACGCAUGGAAAAAUGUUCCUCGAAGCCUUCUAAAGCAGUAGAUUCCAUUUCUCUGACACCAGCACUGUUAGGCAGACUGUAGUAUUCAAUCUUUUAUUCAUAUUCUAUGCUGACCUGUGGCCAGUACAUUCCGUUGGGAUGCUACUCUGUGCUCAUGCAGUUCCUCGCGCUUGUGACUUUUAAUUAUCAGCACUGUUCCUGGGUCAGUGUUCCUGUGGGACACAGUCCGGCAACCACUGGCCACUGCUUGAAAAGGUAGUAGUGGGAACAGUUGGUUUCAGUCUGCAGUCUUGUUUGCAUUUUAGAUACAACAGCAAAAUGGACAUAAAAAUGUAUAUUUCCUGUAAAUAUUUGCACCACUGGUGCUGUGGUCCUAGCACACAGGAGGGUAAGGACUGGGAUAACUGAACAUGGAUACACAUUAGUCAGCCCAAUAGUGAAUCACAGAAGUGCCAUUCUUAUCAGCCACUAUGAAAACAUUGAGAGUUCAAACAGAAGCAGGACCUGUGUUUAUACUUACCGCCAAAGUGUGAAUGAGUAUUUAAGUUUCAUAUUUCCUAACAAGUUCAUAUGUAUUUAAUAAAAUUUGAUUGCUUUGUAUCCAUAA